CUUAGAUCUCCCACUCAAUUUAUUCCCAAUAUAAAGUAUGAAGUACAAGUACGUUGUGCUAGACUUCUCUGGAUUACAUCAGACGAAAAAUGAGGUCGCAUUUUAUCAUCACUCUCUCAAGGAAUAUCUAGGCGUGGUGAAAUGGUUCGGUACUUGAAUCCAUCAACUACACCACGUUGUAAUAGGAUAAGGGCAGAAGAACUUCUUCUUUCAGAUGAAACACUACUGCUGGUUAGAAGUAGAGCUGCUUCUUUCGCAAAGAAUCAGAAUGAGCCCUGUGGAAAUCUUCGCUGCUUCCGCCGCUUCCCUUACUAGUACGGACCCGACGAGUUUUAUGUAACCAGGGAUCUUUCGUCGUCUAAAAAUUCUUGAGGAGUGUGCAAAAUCAUAGGACCUGGUGGUCAAGAACCUUCGGAUCAUUGCUGACAACUAGGGAGCUUUCAUCAUCAUCCUCCCGUUUUCUUGUUGAAUAUCUGGACAACAAUGGAGCUUUCCUCAUCUUGUACUGGUUUGCAGCUGCUGUGGAGCACCAAUAAUAGGAUGAGAAGAUCCUCAAAGUACUGCCGCAACCGCAGAAGACGCCAGGCCUCUGUUGUCGAACGAAUGCUACGUUUAGGGCUAUACUCCAUGUUUUCUUCGUCCUUUUUAGAAGACUCGUCCUUUUUAGAAGACUCGUCCUUUUUAGAAGACAAAGAAAUACUUUUCCUUCUCAGAUUCAGAACCACCUACACGUUUCCGAAGAUGUUGAUCUAUGUACUUAUAAAUAGGAGUGCCUCUUUGUAGUCGUACUGUUCUACUUAUCAACAUUUUAUCAGGAAUUAAUCUUGAAGAUUUGAUAUAUACUAGCUAAUCCUACUUUCGUUCCACUUCUAGUACACGUGCAUGCUCUUCUUCUAAUGCGUAUACGUUGUGGAGGUUUGCUUGCUACAUUCUGGGUUUGUACUGCAGUGACGAGAAGAAGGAAGGCAUCUGAGACGGCUUUUCUUGAAUUGGUAACUGAUACAUCCCGCGCGCAGGAUUCAACUUCUUCGAAAGCAUCGGAAACUGGUGAAAAAUUAUGACCAAUGUACCACUUGUCCAGCAGAUGAUUAUGCUAUUUUUUUGCUUUGCUUUGCUUUGAUUACCUAUUUUUGGAUUUUUCACUUAAUAUCGACACCUUCUCGCUUUUUCCAGAAUGCUGACAUUGUUCAUGGGUAAUGCGUCGGUCCCUUGUAGAUGAGGACGAAACAGCUGGUCAACUUGGACUUGAUAAGCACGUUGAUGUAAAAGUACGAUUAUCUUUGAAUUAAUGAAAAAGACUUAGACUUACUUCUAACAUCCGCGGGACCAAUCUUUUAGGUCAAAUGGGGGCUGAAUGAAACCCACAAUUAUAAAGUCAAGCGAAAGCCGACCCUGAAAUAAUCUUAAUCAUACUUCUUGGUCUUAGAGACGAUGAAUAAGCUCAAAAAUUAAGAUCUUCUAAUGUUUGCGCGUGAAUGUGUCGAAGAGGGAAAAAAUGCAGGGAGGCCUUGCCCAUCGGCGGCAGAUUUUUCGAUUAAGACACUGGAAGGUGGACGAGAAGCGAACCCUUACUAUAAGGACAAUGAGAGCUUGGCGAAGGCGAUAGACGGGGAAACGCAGGAGCAAUGCAAGCUUAAGGUUUGGUGCCAAGUGAGAUGUGAUGUAACUUGAUCCUCGCAGUUGAGCUAGGAGCCCGGGGGAGCUCGAUCUGAAGGAUUCCCAAACUAACAUUACCUGCGACUUUGGUUUUUUCUAGUAGGAAAUUCACAGAUAUGUGUAGCACAAACAUGCCAGUAAAUGUUGGAAACAUCUAAUGAAAAGCGGGGGCUCUGGUCGACGUGGACGGACUCGACCUGCCGGGCGUUGAGAAGGCGUUCUUCGUCGUCGCAAACAAGUCCAGCAGAUUCAGUGCAGAUUCUCAAGAACGCUGCGAAGGCGUUCAUCAAGGUGAUGACCGUCUCUGACGGCGAUCUUCCUGUUGCAGAGGUUCCAUACAGCAUCAACAGCGACCCGCUUGAAGACGGGAGGGAAUGGGAAAGAAAAGAGAACAAGGGCAAACCGUUUUCAAGCAAUCAGAGGCGCAGGCUGGAGGAACUGUUAAGAAGGGUUUUUUCUUACCUGGUGUCGGCAUAGUGUACUAUCACAGGCUAGCGCAGGGAUGACGACGUCCCUGCGCUGCUGUUAGGUUUCUUCAGUGCGCCCGCUUUGUCUACUAUAAGGCAAAGAACCUGGCCAAGGCUAUGGCGCGGGAGGGUCACAGACCAGGGCCAAAAAACGCACACGCAACGGACAGAGCAGAAAGGCAAAGAAACGACACAAAAGAACAACACAGACGGCGCUCGCUUUGUCUCGCAUGCAUAGUGAGAAAGCCGGAGGCCCUGGCCAGUGCUUCGGCGCGCGAGGGUGAUAGACCAGAGCCAAGAAGCAUACACACGCCGCAGACACAGAAAAGCAAAGAAACAAACGACACAAAAACACGGAGAGACGGGGUGAGAGGUUGCAGGGGCAUGGAUGUGGCAAAAACACCGCCAAGCCUUACCAGGUGGCUGUAGGCUGGCGGGGGCUUUUCAGAAUUGUCGGGGCAGAGGGGGCGAAGGGCUGGCUCGUCGCAUCGCUUAGACAUGGGGCGUGCGGUUGCGUGUUGCGUUCUACCUGUGUCGCACAUGGUUAGAACUUUUUCUCCACGCCAACACGGCGCCCCGCGCGCGGUGUGCAUGCUUCGCGCCGUGUGGUAUGGGUCAGCGAGCUUCCAGACUGCUAGUUCUACGUACUUACUCUGAGCCAGGCAAGCCACCCCGCGCCCGCCUGCAGGCGCCGCCAUCUAAGUCGCGCGCCCGUGCAUCAGCUAGCUGCGGCGCCACUAAGGACGGCGGGGUGGCUACAUCCUCUGACCCCCCAACUUCUAAACACCAGGAGCAAACUGCUCAGUCCUCACCGAAGUUCGAGGCGCCUUCCUGCCUCGGUGUGUAUAGUAUCUAUUCCUUCACUGCCAUGCACCAAUAGCGAGUGAGGGGUAGCGGACGAGGGUGGGGCUGGCAGUCUUGUCUGGGCGCCCCCUUCUUCGGUGUUAGCGUAAAGCAAUGCAGCAGAGGCUGAGGGAGAGAGAACGAGAGAAGAGCAACAGCAAGCGCGCGCGCUGAUUGCUUCAUGGUUGGCAAAGUGAACGCCAUGGGCACGGGCAAGCAUGUGGCUGUAUGUAUCGCAUGCCGCUUGCCUCGGCGAGGAAAGCGAAAGGCGCCAGAGCGAUGCGUGAGGGCUUGGAAGGUAGGAGCGACAAAAAACGAUCGCCAGGGAACAAAAUAAAGACGAAGAGGAGGACAGAGGGGCAAGGGCUGCGGCCGCGUGCUGGGCAUGACUUUCGCAGAGGCUCGCCCAGCGGCAAGCGUCGCCCCGAGCGCUGAGGCCACUGAGCGGCCAGCGAGUCAGUUGCGAGCGCGUUCGCCGCUGUGUGUGUGCCUUCGGGUUGAAGCGCCGGGGCUGGUCGGUGACGCUCGGCGAAUGUCUUUGCAGGCAUGAUUCUGGAAAGGAAUUUAUUUCGCUGGGGCCAUCACUCAGUGGUCUCCAUACAAAGCACAGCGACGCACUUGACACGGCCGCGCCACGUAACGUCGAGCCCAUCGCCGUGCUUCUUAUUUGUCUUCUUCUUUUUUCUUUUUAAAAAUAAAGUAAUGGGAUUGCUUCGGUCUAAGUGUGUAAGCCCGUCUUUCUUUUUUAGGUCAAGCUUUUGUUUCCAAAAAGAAACGGCUUUAUACCGCGCUGCAAGAGGUCAAAGCUGGCAGGGCACUUCGAUUGUCGUUUUAGCUUAUAGGAGAUAAUAUACUUCUCACUGGUAGUUUUCGUGUAAGUUUCAAGAAUGAGAACUCAAGGAAAGCAGUCUGGGGAUAUUCUCACUUAAACGAUGAUUUGAUACUGAACAACAACUAGCUGCUCUAACAUCGCGGGAGGAAUAUUUGGCUACGUACACACAGAUCGCAAACGAAGGCCGAUCUGAUCUCAGCAUUCUCGGCGCUUUGAACCACAGUUUCCGCGGAAUAGCUCAGUCCAUUUAUCAGUCCCAGUUCGCGUCAGAAGCGAGGGCAAUGCCGCUGCUGCUCGAAGCCUUCCAACGCAUCUACGCAGAGAAAGUUGCUCGUGCUAUCGCAUCUGGCCCGAUCAUCGACACCGGCGAGCUCGAUCAACAGUUGAGAAGGCCCUUAGUUCAGAAGUUACGUUGUUCAACUGACUCGAUGGUAGCGAAGUGUGUCGAGCAGGCUGAAGCUCGUGGUAGGCCAGGAUAUCAGAAUAAGAAACUGGAUGGUCCUUGCGGCACCUCAAGUUUGAUUGCGACAGUCAACUUGAUUUGCAGUCUCAAUUUGGGUCUUGAUGAAAAGUGUCAAGAAAAUGUCGUAGGGGCACUUGAUAGGUUUUGGCGGUCUGUAAUGUAAUAGGGUGCGGGUGUGUAGUAAAUCUGAAAGAGACCACAUUUUUAGCUUUCCCCAGAAAGAAUAAUACAAAAAGAAUAACAUACAAUAAUUGCAUGCAAUAUAGUGACAGCUAUCGAUAGAAAACAGAACCCGCGUCUAUCUUCAAUUACUACUACAACACAAAAACUAGAAAAUGACUCAUUUAACUAUAACUUUUACAAAACGUCGCUCAUAAAUGCAACAGCAACAUUUUUUUAAUACAUUGUCGAAUGUAUCAGAAUCACAGGCCAUAUUUUUUUACAAAAUAAUGAAAUGCAAUACUGCAAGCGAUUCCAAGUCCAACCACUGACUUCUAACCUAAACAACUUGAGACCACAUUCAGGGUCCGCUACCUCAGACUAGCGUGUAGGAAUCUGAGACAUUCAUUGAAGCACCCGAGUUAUUCAUGGAAGCAGCUGAGACAUUCAAAUCAACCCACCUGAGACAUUCAUGGUAGUCGUAGUCUCACU